CUUUGUUCCGGAUUAUUCUAUAUAUAUAGCGCACUGAGAGGCACUGUCUCCUUCAGGACUGACAAACAAGCUGUCUAUCCCCCGCGACAUCAGGGACAAUGUUUCCAGCUUCACUGGUGCUCAUUGGUAUUGUGGGUUUGGCUCGUACAGCUACCGUGCAGAUAGAUACAACGACAAAUGAUGCAACGACGGCAGAGAGCCCCGGAAUAUCUUCGACGGUGGCUGUGACGUCCGUCAUGGUCGGCGACCCAAACUGCAAGGACAACAUGACUACAUGCAGCAGCUACGAGCACGCGUCUUGUACUGGGCCCUACGAGGACUGGGCGAGGGUCCACUGUGCCGCAUCCUGUGGUUUCUGCAUACCCAUCACCUCGCCGUUUGACUGUGUAGACAAGAACCCCCUCUGUGUCAGCAUGAACUCCGAUCUUUGCACCAACCCCCUAUAUACAGGAUUCGUCAGAAACAACUGCCUCAAGUUUUGCAACUGGUGCCCAGGUGGUGUUACAACAACAAGGAUUCCAAAAAUAGGUUGCUAUGACGACUUUGAAAGGUGCGAUCAGUUCGGAAUAAGCACGUGUUUGAAGUACCCCGACUGGUCCAACAUCUACUGUCAGAAGUACUGCGGGUUCUGCACGUCAAACACAACAGAAGGUACAACCGUGGCGACGACCACGACAGCUGCUCCAACUCCGUCACACGCCCCAGGUGACUGUUACGACCGGCUCGACUGCGGCAAGUACAACAUCCACACUAGCUGCUGUGGCUCGUAUGAGACGUGGGCUCGCUGGAACUGUGCCGCCAGAUGCAAGUUUUGUAAGGUGAAGGACACCCCUCCACGUGUGUGCAAGGACACCAGCCCUAUCUGUGACCAAUACAAUUCGGAUCUCUGCACCAACCCCCUCUACAACCACUUCGCCGUCACCGAGUGUGCUGGUUUCUGUAACGUCUGCAAAGUGCCAGAGUACUCCCCACCCUGCGCAGUUGACGCAAACGCCACUACACCUUCGGCCCCUGUGAGCGUAUCUGUGCCCAUGGAAAAAGGUUGUGUGCAGGACGGAGUGCAUCAUCGCGAGGGCGACUCGUGGGACUCGCUGGACUGUUUGGACACCUACACGUGUGUGAACGCUGCAUCAAAUAACAUCUCUACACGCCCAUUAGAGUGUGUCAAAACAGUUCCUAAACACUGCUUCUUCGUGGUGAAGAUUGGAGCAUGCUGUCCACUUAUCAGAUGCGAGUACCCCAAUGUCAUCCAUGGGGAGAGAACACAAGAGCAUGGAAACCUCAUUGGUUGAUAUUCAAAUACACCUGCUGUAUUGUGAUUAAUAAAUAAAAUAUACUACUUAUGA